AUGACGGCUUUGGCUGAAUUUUUUCUCCUGGGUCUCUCUGCCAGUCCUGCCCUACAACCCCUCCUCUUCACUGCUGUGCUGGCCUCCUACCUGGCCACUCUUCUGGGCAAUGCCUUCCUGGUGUCCCUGAUCCUCCUAGACAGUCGGCUGCACCGGCCCAUGUAUCGCCUGCUGGCUCACUUGGCUCUGCUGGACGUGUCCUAUGUGAGCACCACUGUGCCUCAGGCCCUGGCACACAUGCUAGUCCAUAGGCGGGCACUUCCUUUCGCCCGCUGUGGUGCUCAGCUCUAUGUGGCCCUCUCUCUGGGCAGCACAGAGGCCCUCCUCCUGGCCUCCAUGGCUGUUGACCGUUGCCUGGCCGUCUGCCGGCCCCUCCACUACGUGACUAUCAUGACCCCAGGUCUUUGCAGGGGCCUGGCAGGUGGUGCCUGGGUCCUGGGCUUCUUGCUCUCUGUGCCCAAUGCUGCUGCCGCUCUACACCUUCCUUACUGCAUGGGGCGCCCGCCCAUUGACCACUUCUUUUGUGAACUGCCGGCAGUUCUGAGGGUGGCUUGUGCCGAUACGGCCCCCAAUCAGGCCCUGGUCUACGCGAUGGGUGUUCCCAUCCUUCUGGGACCCUUUGGCUGCAUUCUGGCUUCCUAUGCUCUCAUUCUGACCACAGCCCUGCGCCUCCCCUCUGCCCGGGGCCGCCGCAAAGCUCUCUCCACGUGCGGUGCCCACUUGGCUGUGGUUGGCCUCUUCUAUGGAACUGUGAUGGCCAUGUACCUGAGGCCUCGGGGGCCUACCCCGGCUGGGCGCCACAAGCUCACAGCAGUCUUCUACAUUGUGGUCACUCCACUGCUUAACCCCCUCAUUUACAGUCUGAGGAACAAGGAUGUGCACAGGGCCACCAGGUACGCUGUGGCCCGUGUCAAAGGGAUGAGGGCAGGAGCCAUGGUAUCAUAG